AUGUCAUCUCUCAGAAAGCCCCUGGCAUCAAAAGAUGUCAACCAGCGAGCCUCGCCCUCGCCUUCGAAGGCGCCUCACAAGCACUCCAACUCCCCAUUCACUAUCUACAAAGACGAAACCGACUAUAGAGUGAAUAAGCCAACAGGGCGCUUGGGUGGGGUCACGGAUGACAAAGAGAACACCAAAAUCACGAGACAGAGGAGCCAUUCUCCCUCCAAGGAAUCGCCCAAGAAGAGAAGAGAACGAGUCGCAGGCGCGUCUAGAUCUCAGCUUCCCUUGCAAGACCUGGAUAUCAGAUUAUACCCAGGCUACAUACAAUACCACGAUACCUCAGAUUCUAUGCAAGGGAUUCUGCAGCCAAAAACGCAACUGACAUCCUCCUGGAUGGUCAAAUUUGACUCGCAGGGAAGAAAAAUCAAGCUGCCAUCAUACCUAACACCACCUAGGAAAGAUCGCACGGUCAACCUUCAAUAUGUGACCAGUCUCGAUGCCGAUGUUAGAACAGAAGCAAUUCUGCGCAAAAGAUCCUCGUCUCUUUCUCAGCAUGCCGUGAAGAGAUUGGAUUUCACGAUCUAUGAAGACCACACAGUAGUGUAA